GUGGAGAAAUUGGGGAGAAGAGGGCAGAAAGAAUGGAAGGCGAAGAGGGAGGAGGAAUAAGGCUGAGUAAGAGGUUCUCGGACAAGGGCGGUGGAGGUGAAGUGGAUUACAAGACAAAGGCAGGCACGGCAUGGAGCCAUUCGUACCUGAACCAAAAGCCAUGGCAUCCCCUCUCCUAUCCCAACCAACGCCGCAAGUGGAUUGCCGAGCAGACCCACGCCCAGCGCGACCGCCGAGCCGAGGAAGUCGCUCGCGAGUAUGCUCAGGAGCAGGAAUUCUUUCGGCAGUCCGCUCUCAUCUCCAAGAAAGAAAAGGAAAAGGUGGAGAUGAUGAAAGCUGUUAGCUUCAUGUAUGUACGCCCACCUGGUUACAAUGCUGAAAGUGCCAAAGCUGCAGAUAUUGCUGAUGAGAAGAAAAGAGAGGAACAGAAUAACCCCUCUCAAGACCCACUCGCUGAUGGGGCCUCUACUGCAAUGCCACCAGAAUCUGUUCCUGUCAGAGGUGAAGAAAAGAAGAAACCGAGACCAAAAGAUGUUUUUGGGCGUCCAUUACCAACUGAAGAAGAAUUUGAAGUAUUAAAAAAUGCUCCUCGGAUGGAGACUGGUGUUCCUGCCAGAGUGAAACCAUUUGGAGUUGAAGUGCGCAAUGUGAAAUGUCUAAGAUGUGGAAAUUAUGGCCACCAAAGUGGUGACCGCGAAUGUCCAUUGAAGGAUGCUAUAAUGCCUAAUGAAGAGAGUCGACUGAAAAGAGAUGACCCCUUAAAUGCCAUACUUGCCCAUGCAGAUCCCAGUGAGCCUCUAAAGUGGGAGCUUAAGCAAAAACCAGGAGUUAGCCCUCCCCGGGGAGGGUUUAAACUGGAUGAUCCCAACCAGCAAAUAGUAGCUGAUGACAUAUUUGAUGAGUAUGGAGGGUUCCUCAGUGGGGGUGAUAUCCCCAUGUUUCUGACCAACUUCUCUGACAAAUCCAAGAAGUCCAGAAAGAGGAGUAAGCGAAAAAAGCAGCAGCCACAACCUAGUAGAGAAUUGAACGAUCCAAAUGAAGAUGAGUUAUCUUCUGAGGAUGGGGAGAAGAGAUCAAAGAAGAAAAAAUGCAAGACGAAGAAAAAAAGGCGAAAUCAUUCUGAAUCGAGUUCAUCAGACAGUACAGAGUCUGAUAGACGCAAAAAGAGCAGACACAAGCAUUCUUAUUCAUCUGAAGAUUCUGCUGCUGACAGAAAUGGUAGAAGUAAAAAGUGCAGGGACGAGCGUUCUUACUCAUCUGAAGAUUCUGACCUUGAUAGGCAUCAUAAAAGUGACAAGAGCAGACCCAAGCGUUCCUUUUCAUCUGAAGAGUCAGAGCCUGGGAGGCAUCAUAGAAGUUACAAGAGCAGACACAAGAAUUUCUAUUCAUCUCAAGAUCCCGAAUCUGAGAGGCAUCAUAGAAGUUACAAGAGCACGCACAAGGAUUCCUAUUCGUAUGAAGAGAGGCGUCAUAGAGGUGACAAGAGUAGAGACGAGCGUUUGUAUUCGUCUAAAGAUUCCGACCUUGAGAGGCAUCAUAGAAGUGACAAGAGUAGAGACAAGCGUUUGUAUUCAUCUAAAGAUUCCGACCUCGAGAGGCAUCAUAGAAGUGACAAGAGUGGAGACAAGCGUUUGUAUUCAUCUAAAGAGUCCGACCUCGAGAGGCAUCAUAGAAGUGACAAGAGUAGAGACAAGCAUUUGUAUUUGUCUAAAGAUUCCGACAUCGAGAGGCAUCGUAGAAGUGACGAGAGCAGAAACAAAAAGCCUCAUCCGCAUUCGUUGGAGUAAAUAUCAUCCCCAUCAUCACUAUUACUGGCAUCAGUCUGAUGCUUUGUAAGAAUGAGAUUUCGAAAUUCUUGUAUAUACUUGAAUGAUCUGGCUGGAUAAGUGCUGUCACGUUGCAAGUUAAUAAUUUUAACCGUGAAAAGGAGAUACUAAAGGGAAUCAAAUGUGUCUCUUGGGGUUGUUUCAUGUAGAUCAGCCGAUGCUCAUCAUAAUGUUACUAUAUGAAGCUUGCUUCCUAUCUGACGUUUGUGUCGUUGGUCAAUUGGUCGUGUAAACUCCCCUAUUACAUCACACUUCUCCAUCAGGUUCUGCAUUGGAGCAACCUUGAAUUUUCCGAUUUGAAGUUGAUAGCUCGUGUAAUGUGGAUUGACGUGCAUGGAAAGUAAAUUUUAUUUUGUUUAGUUAUUCUUAUGUAUUUUAUGAACUCCUGAUCGUUGUCCCAUGCAAUUAUGAAUCAUUGCUUGACUGAAAUCAUGAAAGAGAAGGAAAGAGAGGCCGAGUGAAAUCUAUUAUUUUGUUCACUAUUUCCUCUUUCGUUACCAUUUUGGCACUGCUAUAUCAGAAUGGGGUUUCUUGUUGGGAUGCCUACCCUUUUGCAUUCUUGUUUGUAAUAUAUGUUUUAGAUUC